UACUUAUGUGCUCUGUCAGCCGUCUCCGCCAUUAAUAAGCGACACUACUGCAGUCUCUUCAUAAAAACUUCGUUUUCAGCAAAUUUUCUUCGAGAUUUGAUAUACUGGUAGAAGUCUAUUAGGUUCUUCAGUGUGCUGCGAUUCCCAAAAAUGACCAAUCCAGGAUACGUCAGUGCGGUCCGCCAAAAUUACCAUGCCGAAAGCGAAGCCGCCGUCAAUAGGCAGAUCAAUAUGGAACUGUACGCUUCGUAUACUUAUCUUUCUAUGGCCGAGUAUUUCGAUCGGGAUGACGUGGCCCUGAAGGGAUUCGCAAAGUUCUUCCAGAAGCACAGCCAUGAAGAACGGGAGCACGCUCAGAAACUGAUGAAGUACCAGAAUAUGCGUGGUGGUAGAAUCGUGCUGGCUGACAUCAAGAAGCCUGAGCGCGAUGAAUGGGGAAACGGUUUGGAUGCUAUGUCUGCAGCAUUGCAACUGGAGAAGAGCGUGAAUACGGCUUUGCUGGAACUGCACAGCAUUGCUAAUAAACACGGUGAUCCACAGAUGUGUGACUUCAUUGAAACCGAGUAUCUUGAGGAGCAAGUGAAGGCAAUCAAGGAGAUCUCGGAGCACAUUACAAAUCUGAAACGAGUUGGACCUGGCUUGGGCGAAUAUCAGUUUGACCAGGAAACUCUGGAUGGUGGAUCUGCAUAAAUGUUAUCCACUAAUUUGGUAUUUCGCUCAGCGUAUUCUUUACGUGUACACUGUUUUCCCGAUACGCACCUUUCUCGUGCCAUGAUUUCUAGUUUUUGAAUGUGUGGUACAGAUAUGUUCGUGUUUAUGUGAGGAAUAUGGUCAUAUCAUAUGACCUUCAUUAUUAUGAUCAUUUUCGCGGUCUGUUAUUUUCGUAGUCCACAAUGGGUCUGUAUCAUGGAAUUAUUAUAAGUCAAUGAUAUCGAAAAUUGCAGUAGUUGUUGUGACGUUAAAAAUUGGUACACUGGAA